UGCAUUCCAGCCAGGGAGCCACUGGGCUCGCAGCACCAAAGUUACAGGCAGUCUGCCGAGUUUUCUGCUGCUAUUCUUUUACCGCCCCCAGAACAUUAGUUAAUAUUAGAAAUAUUUUAGCUGUUCGAAUUUGCCUGUUUUUUGUUUUCUUUGUACGCAAACAGAAAUGGAGGGCAUUGUGCAGUAGGCAGCCAGUGUGAUGGACCGUGAAACAGAGGUAGAAAACAAAGCUCAGGCAGAGGAGAGAGUGAGGAAGAUUUCAUUGGACCUAGACUGUGAAAUUUUGGACCUGGGCGGAGGUGAAAAUAUCACAGAGCUGUGCAAAAGGAAAAACACGAUCAAGAAAACAUCUUCACCCAGGUUGUCAGCGGAAAUCCCUGUGAUAGGGCAUGUGCAUGCUACAGAUUUCAUGAAUGCAGCCACUCAAGGCAAACUGAACGUGAUAAACAAGUAUCUGGCAGAUGGUGGGGAUCCCAAUGUCCACGAUGAGUUGAAGAGGACAGCACUGCAUCGUGCCGCUCUGGAAGGACAAACCACAGUUGUCCAAAGUCUUUUGGAAAACGGAGCCGAUAUCAACUUUAAAGAUCAACUGGGCUCUGGGGCCAUCCACUGGGCCUGCAGAGGGGGAGACCUGGGAGUUGUCCAAGUCCUCAAGAGCCACGGGGCUGACCUGAACGUCCGAGAUAAGCUGUACAGCACUCCUCUGCAUGUGGCCACAAGAACAGGCCACGCCGCCAUUGUGGAGUACCUGCUCUCCUGCGGCGUCAAAAUGAACUCCAGGGACAGGGAAGGGGACACAGCCCUGCACGAUGCUGUGCGUCUCAACAGAUACAAGAUAGUGAAACUGCUCAUAUUUGCAGGAGCCGACACACAAAUUAAAAAUCAUGAGGGAGUGACAGCAGUGCAGCAGGUACAACAAUGGCAGUUUGACAUCAUGGAGACCCUUCAGGGGCUGGAGACACCGGUGCCCCCUGAAACACCUCAAGAAAGGAGUGAAUAACACAUCAUAAAAGAUCUACUCAAGUAGUAUAUUCUUUAUAAUGUCACCUAUCUGUCCCAAGUUCAAAAUAUAUUCUGUGACUCCACUGUA